AUGGUUCUUAGUAGCAAAAAUGGGAUCGCUGGUGGUGGUGGUAAUGGCGAUGAGAUCGCUGGUGUUGGUGGUGGCGAUGGGAUCGCUGGUGGUGGCGAUAAGAUCGCUGGUGGUGGUGAUGGGAUCACUGGUGGUGGCGAUGAGAUCGCUGGUGGUGGUAAUGGCGAUGGACUCACUGGUGGCGGUGGUGGUGAGAUCUCUGGUGGUGGCGAUGAGAUCGCUGGUGGUGAUGGGAUCACUGGUGGCGAUGAGAUCGCUGGUGGUGGUGGUGGCGAUGAGAUCGCUGGUGGUGGUGGUGGCGAUGGGAUCACUGGUGGUGGUGAUGGGAUCACUGGUGGUGGCGAUGGGAUCGCUGGUGGUGACGAUGGGAUCACUGGUGGUGGUGAUGGGAUCACUGGUGGUGGCGAUGGGAUCGCUGGUGGUGGUGGUGGCGAUGAGAUCGCUGGUGGUUAUGGGAUCACUGGUGGCGAUGAGAUCGCUGGUGGUGGUGGUGGCGAUGGGAUCGCUGGUGGUGGUGAUGGGAUCACUGGUGGUGGCGAUGGGAUCGCUGGUGGUGACGAUGGGAUCACUGGUGGUGGUGAUGGGAUCACUGGUGGUGGCGAUGGGAUCGCUGGUGGUGAUGAUGGAUCACGGGUGUUGGUGGCUGAGGUAAUGGGUUGCUGGUGGCGAAGGAAAUGCCGAUGA